UUUCCGUGCACACAGGUCACGCUUCAUACUUACGUAUGACAUAAACGUAAUCACUGAAAUGUCCACCAGUAAUAAACUUACCAUCGCCAGUGUUGAUCAUACUAACGUAGAUAAUAAUCAUCAAAGGAUGCUGUCUGUCUGAUUUUUUUUCUGUAUGUUUUGUUCUUCUUUGCCCAGGCUGCAAAACACGCAGUGAAGCUGGACUGCUACGAACUGGCAGCUACCAGGUUCGCUCUGCUCUUCGCAUCGGAGAGCGCCGUCCAGCUCUUCUCGGUUGAAACACGUCAUCGUGCCGAGGCAUUGCUCAGGGAACUGAUCUCCGACAUGGCGGACCUAGCUGGCAAGGCUGCCUGGCUGAGCGACGAGGCUAAAGCCGUCGUUCGGAAAACGCUUCUGGAAAUUGAAGUUGUCCUGUGGCCCCCGGACUUGGCAGCGUCGAACGCGACGCUCUGGAAGUUGUACUCGAACCUCGGCGUAUCUCACGAGCCGGCAAACAACAACAUGGUGGCCGGUGGCAGUGGAAGUCCGCCCUCGCCUCUCUCCUCGACCGGGUCUCUCACGCUGUUCGACCAAUGGCGGCACGCGAGCGACGUCUUCCGGCGACUGCCCGCCGCCAAGCGGGAGCGCAUGCAACUGCUGUGGCAGAACGACGAAUUGUCGCCCUUCUUCUUCGACCGCUGGAACAGAAGGCUGCGGGUUUCGCAGGCCGCUCUGCUGAGCCCGCUCUACCGGCCGCAUUCCGAGGAGGUGCGAGAUGCCGACUACGGUGGCCUCGGAGCAGCCUUCUUGCUGCACGUACUGCGAGCGUUUGAGCAGCCGGCUGCGGACGUCGACGACGGCAUGCUUCCCCGGCUAGACUACGGCGCCGUGGCGCAGAAGGCACGUGACCUCAAAUGCGGCGCCCGCUUUCUCGCAAACCUUCGCGAGGUGGCCGCCCUCGGAAUAGCGUGGCACGCCAUGAAGAAGCGCGGCGCGGCGACCAAGGGACGCCAUUCGCCUGCCGCUGCCGCAACCACGACGGAUGAACGCGGCCGGGUCCACACUUACACCUCGGACCAGCUGUUCUUUCUGGCACACUGCCGAAGCAGGUGCAGAGGACACCUUCCGAGAGAAAGCUUGCGUGGCAAGGAUUGCAACGUGGCUGUGCGCCACGUACGAGGCUUCGCAGAGGCAUUUGGCUGCGUGCGUGGAUCGCCAAUGGCACCAGCGAAUGAGUGCGUCGCUUCGGACUUCCUGUGAGCAGCGAAACGAUCGGAUGCGUGAACAGCGUUUAUUUUUUUUUUCCCAACCGCUGUGCACACCUCCCGUCAUCUCACGCGCCUCAUGCCUGCUCUCUGUAUGUGUGUUGAAUCUGAGUUAUAUUUCCUUGAUUAUCUUUUACUGCUUCUGUGGAGGGACCCACCGAGAAACUCCGUUUAUUGAAAGACGCCUCAUUCUUCUGAUGUUUGAUACUUUGUAUGAAUGGACGCUUCCUUGUGCGUCUCAGGUGGUUCGAUCCGAAAUGGAUGUGGGUACCCUGCUGCUGCCGAGGCCAGUACGCAGCAUCGUCUGCGUACCAUACUGACUGUUACGGGUAUGCUUGAUGCAAGGUAGCGACGAACAGACUUCUGCGACAAUUCGGUUUAGCGUAUUACGUAAAAUGAGGACUCCUACUUGCGCUCGACGCUGAGAAUGUUAUUACAAAACGAUAGUGACUGGGCCAUCACAACAUUAAAGAGAAAUGUGUGUUUGCAAAUAGUGCAACCUGGAAUGAAUGUGCUCGCCAGUGACGUUGAAUAGGACCAGUGAAUGUUCGGUUCGAGAAUGUGAAGUUGGGCUCGUUGGUUUGAGAUAAACGCCGCAGCAACAGGGCCGAAGAGAAACAAAGCGAAAUCCGUGCUGUAUUGCUUUGUCUUUCAUCGGUCCGGUUGCUGCAAUUUUACUGGGUUUUUUUUUUCUAGGGAAGAGUGAAUGUUCGUUUCUUGUUAACAUGUAUGAUGGAACAACACAGCAAUUAAGGUCACUUUCACUUGACUGAAGAAACGUGCAAGAUCUCCGUAC